ACUUAGUACACGUCCGUGACAUUCUAUUACACCGCAGCACUAGGGUAAUUCUAUCCAGUCAUCCAUCUUCUAGGACGUUAAAUAUAAUAUGGGAGUCGAAUCACUGAACGAUGAGACCAUGUCAGUGACACCCGAGGUGGUUCCAUUAACCAACGGUCUUUCACCCCAGAGCUUAUUGCUGCUUUCUUUGGCGCUUGUCGUGGGUUUACUUGUUGUUAUCACAUUCUCUCGAAGAAAAUCAAGGUCCAGAGGUACUGCACUUAUCCUUGUCGGGCCCUCAGAUGCUGGCAAAACAGCAAUUCUUUCCACUCUCGCAUUUACUGGAACGCUACCAUCGCACACGUCACUGCAAGUUAAUACUUCUAUCAUGCCUCUCUCGCCAGUAGGCAUCUUGCCGGUUAUCGACAUCCCUGGGCAUCCUCGAAUCAGAGAUCAAUUCCAGGAGCACUUAGUGAAUGCCAGAGCGGUUGUUUUCGUAGUGGAUGCAAGUACCAUAUCACGCAACGGAUCUACAGUAGCAGAACACCUCCAUCAUGUCCUCAAUUCAAUAACGUCACUUCCUCCUUCACAUUUAUCACCCGCACUCCUCAUCCUCGCCAAUAAGUGCGAUCUCAUGAAGACAGCUACUUCUUCAGGCUCUCCCACCGAGGUUGCCAUCUCACGCGUCCGAACGAUUCUUGAACGUGAGCUGGAGAAGCGACGAGAGGCUCAGUCUAGCGGCAUGGGGGUCGAAGGCUUGGGCGCUGAAGGAGAACGUUCGGAUAUGGGAGGUUUAGAUUGCAGUGGUCCUGGCGGAAUUUUCAAGUUUGCCGAUUGGGAAGGUGGAGAAGUUGAUUUCGCAGGAACGUGGGUAAAUGUCGGAGAGCUCAAGGAUGAUGAAAAAGAAGGAGUGGCUACUGACGGCCUGGCUUCAUUGCGCAGUUGGCUGGGAGCAACUUUUACUAUGGCCUAACUCUCGUGACCGUAAUUUUUUUCUGAUACAAGAUACUCUAAACUUGGGCUCGAAUUCUGGGAUGGUCCAUUAGCAGUUGAACUCCAUUGGAUUGAUUAUCCAGUGCGGUGACUCAGA